AUGGGGGGCAAGUCCGCAACCAAGGCCGGUUACUUCGAGAAGCUGAAGAGCUUGCUCGACGAGUACAAGACGAUUUUCAUCGUCUCCGUCGACAAUGUCAGCUCUCAGCAGAUGCACGAGAUCCGUCACAGCCUCCGUGGGGAGGCUGUCGUCCUGAUGGGCAAGAACACCAUGGUUCGCCGUGCCCUGAAGGGCUUCAUCGCUGAGAACCCGGAGUACGAGCGUCUGCUGCCUCACGUCAAGGGCAACGUUGGCUUCGUCUUCACCAACGGUGACCUCAAGUCCGUUCGUACCAAGAUCCUGUCGAACCGUAUCGCUGCCCCGGCUCGUGCUGGUGCCAUUGCGCCGGUCGACGUCUACGUUCCUGCCGGUAACACCGGUAUGGAACCCGGAAAGACCUCCUUCUUCCAGGCCCUCGGUAUCCCCACCAAGAUUGCUCGUGGUACCAUUGAAAUUACUUCGGACCUGAAGCUGGUCGAGGCUGGUGGCAAGGUCGGUCCUUCCGAGGCCACUCUGCUCAACAUGCUGAACAUCUCCCCCUUCACGUACGGUAUGGGUAUCACCCAGGUGUACGAUGAUGGUCAGACGUUCAGCCCGGACAUUCUGGACAUCGAUGACGAGCGGCUCAUCAAUUCCUUCACCUCCGCCAUCAAGACCAUCACUACUAUCUCCCUGGCAGCUAACUACCCCACGCUGCCAUCUGUGGUGCACUCUGUCGUCAAUGGCUACAAGAAGGUCUUGGCUGUCGCCAUUGGCACCGAGUACAGCUGGCCUGAGAUUGAAGAGCUCAAGGACCGGAUCGCCAACCCCGAGGCCUACGCUGCUGCCGCUCCAGUGGCUGCUGCUGCUCCGGCUGCAGCGGAGGAGGCGCCUAAGGAGGAGGCGAAGGAAGAGGAAGAGGAGAGCGGUGACGAAGGAUUCGGUGGUCUCUUCGACUAA